AUGACCUUCGAAAGCGGCCGACGGGCCGAAUUUCCUUCAUACGAGGCGAGACUGGCCUGGGAAAAAAGCGAGACACGCAAGAGAUUUGAAGUGACUUUGUCAAAAGCUAGAGGUCACAAAAUCAACAACAUCGUCGGGAUCGCCUGCGGUAGUCUGUCCCGGCCAGACAGACACAACGCUGCCUUCCAGCACGCGUUGCUGGUUACCGCAAAGAGCUGGCUGAGAAAGAAGGGGCUGGAUGAGAAGUUGCUGACAGGGCAAGACGAUGGCAAGAACCUCUUCUGCUACAGGCAGGAUCCAGAAUACACCCCCGUCGAUAGGGAAAUCCUCGACGGUGUCGGUUUCCAAGUGGUUGACCAUCCGGAUGGCUUUCUCAAGAUCGAUGAGCAGUCCAUUGUGCUAUCCAUAGCACCUAAUUUACCUGUCAAACAUAUCACCGCUGAUAUCGCUAGACCUGCUAUUGUGAUCUGGCUUCGCGUUGAAGAAAUGGAUACUGUCAUGCUUGACCCCGACUCGUUCCGCAUUAGGAAAAUUAUGGAGGGGGAGGCACCAACCUUGGAGGAGGCACAUGCAAUCAUCGAUAGACUUGCGUCUGGAGUGUCAUUUUUCACCAAAGAGUUAAUCCAAGAUAUGUGGGAUCAGAUCAAGCGAGAGCCCGCCCGAGGCGACAAAAUACUUACCAAAGAUAUAACCGGCGCGGUUGUUGAAUGCGAUGUAGAGACGGGGAAGGUUGGGCAAUGGUCGGUGGAUGAUACAGAAAUAUGUGUGAAACUACCCGUUACAGCACUGGGAGCCCUGCUCGCUCAAUAUCAUGCAUCGGACGCACGAAUGGGACAACAAAACCGAGAAAAUCAUCCCACGGCGUGGCCCCUGGACCUUGAGGUGGUCACAAAAACCUUCCAAGACAAGGCCCAAGAAUGGAAAGAGAGCCUGGCCUGCGACAAGCUCAAGAUAAUUCUGUCAUCUUCUGCAGAGAAUCAUGAAAUUGACAAGGUGAUCGGGUUGGCUCUUGGCACGAUGUCCGCCCAUCGUUUCAAUGAGGAUGCUUACAGUGAGGUGGACACGAAGAUUCUGGAUGAGGCCGGCAUCGAGGUGAUUGAAGAUCCGCGUGGCUGGCUCGAGAUAGACGAGCACUCGAUUUUACUCUCGAUAGCACCGAAUGUGCCUGUCAAGGAGAUUAUUGCGGACAUUGCUCGACCUGCGGCUAUUAUUUGGUGUCGAGUGGAGUUCGAUGAUGGACUUGGUCAGGGAUUAACUGACCCUGACUCUUCGGGGGUCAGAGCAAUGAUGGAGGGUUAUGAACUGCAUGAAAUUGGCGCUGAUGACGAGAUAUUCUUGGAUAUUGUGCUCUAUAUCCGGAAGUCGGUGGCUACCCCGACUCCUAGUUCAGAUGGAAGAUUUUCCUAG